AUAUUUAUUGCAUUCAGAAAAAAAAUAUGAAACUUCUGAAAAUUCUUCUUCUUUUUGUCAUGGCUAUUGCAGCUGAAAGCAAAAGUGGUUGUGCAUAUUGGAGCAAAUAUUGCUAUAAGAAUGAUGACCGAUAUGAUGGGGGUUGGUGUUGGACAAACAAUGAUGGAGGCGGAUCUUACAAACGUUGCUCUAAAGAUAACGAAUGCCAUAAUAUGAAAUGUUAUAUGGAGAAACCCUACGGUUGUUGGGAAAACCAAUGCCAUAAAUACGUAAAAGGAGGCUAUUGUUUUACAAGGCGUAAACAAACGGAAACCUAUAUCGCGACUUGUGAAACGGACAGCGAUUGCGUUGGUAUGACAGAAUGUGCAAAACCAAGGACACACUUAAUAGGGUGAUUCAGUAUCAAGAAAACUUCGUUCAAAUUCAAAGAAAAUUAUUUAUAAACAACUAAAUUAAUUUCAUAAAUAAGAUAUAUAAGAAAAGUUAAA